AUGGAAGGUUAUUUGAUGGAAAUAACCCAUGCACUUAUGAAUGAUGAACCUUUUUUCUUGGAUGUUGAUAUAAAAGAUGUGAUUGAUCAUAAGUCUUUCUUUGAUGGUUUGAGUUCACUUUUGGCAAGUUCACCAAAUAACAGUUAUCAAGAUCAGAUGACCGAAACAAUAACAAUUGAAACUCAAGAUUCAGGCCCUGGAGAAUCAUAUGAAGUUGCGGGGUCUUGCAAUUUGGAUGAGCCUUGCACUUUAAACAGUGAAGACCGAGAAAUUCCAUGCAAUGAAGAUGUGAAUCCUUCUCCAAUUAAACAAGAAGUGGAUGCUUUACGCACGAUUGUUGAUCAUCCACCACCAGAAGCAGAAGAGUUACUUAUUGAAAGUGAUGAAGAUGUUCCUUAUUUCUCAGAUGUCGAGGCAAUGGUAUUGAUCCCUGAUAUGGACUUGGAUCCAGAUGACCAAGAUUUAUGUGACUGGGAAAUCGCUAGAUAUCAGCACGAAGAUAGUAAAAGAGCAACUAUAAGGAGAGAGCAGGGUCCCAAUUCUUACAUGCAAAGGGCCAUUGCAUCCAAUGGAGCCUUUGCUAUUUUAUACGACCGUCAUUCCAAUCAUUAUUAUAUUAAGAAGCAUCAGAUUUUACUUGGUAGAACAAAAGAAAAUUUCAUUGUUGACAUUGACUUAGGAAGACAAGGAUGUGCUAACAAUGUGUCAAGGCAGCACGCAAUAAUCAACAUGGAAGAAGAUGGAUCUUUCCAUCUUAAAAACCUCGGCAAAUGUUCGAUAUCGAUAAACAGUGAAGUAGCUCCUGGGCAUAGCCCAAGUCUAAAUUCUGGAUGUUUGAUUCAGAUAAGGGGAAUCUCGUUGAUCUUCGAGACCAACCAGACGUGUGAAGCAGUAUUUGAAUAG